CAGAUCCCAGUAGUUGAGCUGCUCACCUAGAUCUCAUUAAUGGCGAUGAACGACCAUCUCCUACUUCGUUAACUUCAAAUGAUCUCCAUCUCCCUUUUCCUAUAUCUGCCGAGGGAACCUCACCUCACUUCAUCUCCACUAUCUCUCCCUCUCUCUCUUUCUCUGUGUCUCAUAUUGAUUCGGCUUUCUCAUGGCGGGAUUCCUCUCGGUGCUGAGGCGCCUCUACCUCUCCGUCUACAACUGGGCCGUCUUCGUUGGAUGGCUUCAGGUGCUGGUUCUGGCUGUCAAGACGCUCAAGGAAUCGGGCCACGAGCAGGUCUACAGUGCUGUUGAGCGGCCGCUCCAGCUCUCGCAGACCGCCGCCGUGUUGGAGAUCAUCCAUGGCCUUGUUGGUUUAGUUAGAUCGCCCAUAACUGCCACAUUACCCCAGAUCAGUUCAAGGUUGUACUUAACUUGGGGCAUUCUGUAUAGUUUUCCAGAGACACAAAACCAUAUACUGGUUAGCUCUUUAGUGAUUAGCUGGUCCAUCACUGAGAUUAUUCGAUAUUCCUUCUUCGGCAUGAAAGAGGCACUUGGUUUCGCACCCUCAUGGCUAUUGUGGCUGAGGUAUAGCACAUUUUUGGUACUGUACCCUACUGGCAUCACCAGUGAAGUUGGUUUAAUAUAUAUUGCCCUGCCUUACAUCAAGAAUUCUGAAAAGUACUGCAUCAGAAUGCCCAACAAAUGGAACUUUUCCUUCGACUACUACUAUGCUGCAAUCCUUGCCCUCGGUAUCUAUGUCCCAGGAAGUCCUCACAUGUACGGUUACAUGCUCGCCCAAAGGAAAAGGGCUUUAUCAAAAUCGAAGAGAGAGUAGAAGGGCAGACUGCUCUCAGAAUGUCGCCUCCAUUAUUUGUAGACUCUGUACUUUUAACAUUAAUAUAUUUAACGGUCCUGGCACUGCCUUCGAAAUGCAAAUGCAAAACAAAUGAUCUGAAACUGAAUUUAGUGGAAUGCCCUCUUCCUUUGAA